UAGUGCCAUGUCUUGUGAACGUCUUAGAACAAACAACUGAAGUAACAACGACUACGUCAUCGUCACCAAGGGCAAAAGUGACAUCAACAUCAGCAGCUCAAGCCACUACUACGUCCACUGCCCCCGGAUCUACUCACUCAACAAAUGAACCUACAACCUCUGUAACGGAUACAAGCAGCACAGGGUUUAAGAAUGAAAGAACCGAAGACUCUACAAAUCCCCAAACACCCCCUGUAAACUCCAUGCUGCCCCUGCUUGGCGGAACCAUUGGCGGCGCUCUGGUUCUACUUGCUGCCGUCAUCACCGUCUGCUGCUUACUCCGAUCAAGGAAACAGAGGCACACCGAUGGCUCUGCUGAGCGGCCUGGCAAAGGUCAUCAAAGAAAUCAAGAUCCGGAACAGGGAGAAGAUGAUGUGAUGGUGGGUAAUCCCAUCUACAGCAGCUACGAUGGGGGCGUGGACUAUGCCCAGAUAGGUGGGGCCAGACAGACAGCCAGCACCAAGGACCCCCAGGCGUCCCCUGGUACAUCUCAGGAGGUUGCAGACAUAUACGCCAUCCCGGAUAAACAGCGUUCAUCAACACUGAAUGCGGAGGCCGUUGCCUGUGAUGUGUACAGCGUCGUACAGAAACAACCCAAGUCGGAAGGCCAGGGAAUGUCACACCAACCGACGGACAAAGAUGCGGAGGCCGUUGCCUGUGAUGUGUACAGCGUCGUACAGAAACAACCCAAAACGGAAGGCCAGGGAAUGUCACACCAACCGACGGACAAAGAUGCGGAGGCCGUUGCCUGUGAUGUGUACAGCGUCGUACAGAAACAACCCAAAACGGAAGGCCAGGGAAUGUCACACCAACCGACGGACAAAGAUGAUGGGGCUGCUGAAUGUGAUGUGUACAGCGUGGUACAGAAACAGCCCAAGUGAGAGGAUCGGGCAGAGUCACUCCAGUCGACAGACAAGGGAGGUGAGAUGUCUGAGCUGUACAGCUAGGUGUAGAAGCCACAAGAUCAUGGGUAGUAAGACAAGAUCAAGACUGUGAAGUGGACUGUGAAGUGGACUGUGGGGUUGACUGUGAAGUGGAAUGUGGGGUGGACUGGGGGGUGGACUGUGAAGUGGACUGUGAAGUGGACUCCGGGGUGGACUUUGAGGUGGACUGUGAGGUGGACAGUGUGGUGCAGCUUCUCUUUUGUGAUUUUUUUCUUUGUUACCUUUUGUUAUGAUAAUUACCAAUUUAUUGUUAUUCUGCACAGAUAAUUCAGGUCCAACGGGGCACAGUUUAGUAGAAACAAUGCUGAGAAAGAACAUGCCACAAGACAAACCAGGAGCAGAUGAGUUGGACCUGUAGCUCUCUACCGUUAGACAACAUAUUCAGUGUACAGCUAUUCUAUUCUUCUAAACCAAACAGAUGAUAAAUAACACGGAUCGGAUGUUUGUCACACCCAAUUUAUCUAUUGCAACGUGUUGUUACAUAAUAUCUUAAGUAAAUUAUUAUGGCUUUCUGCGGUUUGUAUUCUGUGUGCUAUGACAAUUUAUCAUCCAAUAAUGGCUUCCACGUAAAUAUUGCUUGAGUAUAUGUUAUGAGAUAUCGCUACAAUGGAACUGCAUCACAAUGCUUUGCAUACCAUUGUGACGUCAUCGGUACAAUGCCGUCACUAAUCUACCACAGAAGCUGGUUAGCUGUAGUUUAUACACACAGGACACUGGUUAGUACUGUUUGCAUUGGCAAAAGGCUAGAAGAUUGAUUCAGGACAAUAAGAAUAAUCUCACCCGUGUGUCUUUUAAUAUCAAAUAUAUCAACACGAAUUAAAACUCCGAUGCUUUGGUUUAGAUUUUUUAUGUAACCCAUUUUAUGUAUGUAGAAUAUGUAGAAUAUGAUAAAUAUAUACUUUGACUCAAACUGCUUAUUUUGCUUUUAAUAUUAUGUGCUUUUGGUCACAGUUACUAAUAAUUAGCACGUGUCAUUAUUGAAUACUAUGCUGUAUUAUUUUUUCAAAUACAUUCCGAAUGGUUCAUUUGUCCUUGCAUCAAAUACUCAACAAUACCCUCAAUUAUAUACACCAGUGUUACUGAUGUUGUUAGAUACAAGUCACGAUAUGGCUGAAAUAUUGGAGAUGUGACGUAAAGCUUUAACUCACUCACUCACUGUUAGAUACAAAAGUGAUCACUAGCUUCCUGAAGCACACUCUCUCUACAUGAACACAGUUUAGAAAUGGCGUCUCUCUUAAAUGCAAUGACGUCACCAUGGAAUGUGAUCACACCAUGACACAAUGGAUGACGUCACAUGCUCUUUUGUUACUAAUUCUUUUAGUUACUCAAUACGACUCUCCUUCAAUAUGUUGCUUAAUAGUAUAUUAUAUAUGUUGUUUCUUUGUAUUCAGUAUGUGUUUGAAAAUAUAACUAACCCAAAUAAUAUAUGUUGAUUAUGACAAAUAUGUUCUUGUGACUUAAAUUGUUCAUAUACUGGUAAUUUGUCUGUGUCUGGGCUAGCUAUUCUAUGUAAAAAGGAUGUAUUAACACAUACAUGUAUCUCGUGCUCAUUGUUCUCAAAAGCGAGGUGGUGGUGUUAUUUUUUUAUUUCUUUUAUUGAAAUCAAAAAUAUAAGGGGUGAACACUUCUUAAUUUUUUCCCACCAUGGAUACCAACAAGCACAACUGAACACACUCUGAACUCGGCUCUUUAAUACAACGUCAGUUGUCAAGCAAAGAUAACAGAAACUGCUUCAUGUCAGGAAGGAAAUGUAUGAAAAUAUUUUUUUUUGUAUUAAAAAUAGGAUAAAAAGAGACGCACCGAUGCCAGAGACAUCCUUUUUUAACCAAGGACGUUUUGAUGUCAUUUUGUUAAUAAUGUGCUGUAUCUUGUUUUUCAAUAUAACUCUUUGGAUGUACACAUUCUCCUGUCUUCAAUGGAUAAGGUUGAAGGACAAACUCUCAACUGGCCAAAAGACCACACAUAAUGAUUUGUAUUUAUCAACUAUUGUAUUUGGAUAACUGUUUUUUUCUUUAUUGGCGUUUCUAGGCUGUACAAUGCAUUUGUAACACAACAGAAAAUAAACUUUUGCCCAGUGAAA